CUCUACACUUAUGAUAGUUCAGUUUUAAAUACAUAAACUUUUUUAUCCUAAAGUCAAAUGUUAAACAUACCAGGUGUAGAGUAAAGGGGUCAGCUUGCGUUACUGAGAUGGGGAGCAUACGACUGUGCUGGCUGACAUGUGACACAAGUCGUUAAGUAUGUUUUCCCCACAACAUAUUUGAUUUCAUCUCUGAGCUCUUUCCAUGUCCCCUUGAAUAAAUUUGGUGCCAGCUUUUUUUGUCAGUCUACGGUUUAGUCAAAGGAGGGAAACUGCCUGUAUGUCGUCAGAUAGGUUCAUUAAACCUACAGCUGAGAUUUAACUCGUCUCAGUACAUCACUUCUUCAUUUUGAAGGAUGGAAGCUCAUCGUGAAAAGAAGAACACAUGUGGAACAAUUUGCCUGAAGUAUCUACUUUUUCUCUUCAACAUUUGUUUCUGGGUGGCUGGAGGGGCCGUGUUGGCGGUGGGAGUGUGGACUCUGGUGGAUAAGAGCGACUACAUCAGUUUAUUGAACUCCAGCUUCUACUCAGCCUCUGCUUCCAUCCUGAUAGUCGCUGGAGUCAUUGUGACUUUCACUGGAAUAAUCGGAUGCUGCGCCACUCUGAAUGAAAAGAGGACCCUAUUGAUUGUGUAUUUGGUGUUGCUGCUCUGUAUCUUUCUGCUGGAAAUCACAGCUGGAGUCCUGGCAUAUGUUUACCAACAACAGUGUUUCCCUUUCUGCUACCAGCUGGAUGAUGAGCUCAGACAGAACCUAAAGUUAAACAUGCAGCAGAAAUACCUGCAACCAGGCCAGGAGAGCAUCACACUGUCUGUUGACAAGCUACAACAAGAGUUUAAAUGUUGUGGAAGUCACAACUUCUCCGACUGGAGAGACAGUGAGUGGAUCCGGAGAGAAGAAACGAAAGAGCUCGUUCCUGACAGCUGCUGUAAAACUCCCAGUACCCUCUGCGGUCGCAGAGAUCAUCCAUCCAACAUCUACAGGGAGGAGGGAGGAUGCAUUGAGAAACUUGAGGAUUACAUCAAAAGCCAGUUGUAUAUUCUUGGGGCAGUGGGGGUUGGGAUUGCAUUUCUACAGCUUAUAGGGAUGAUGUUCACCUGCUGCCUUUGUCGAAACCUGAAGGAAGAUCUGUACUAACGUUGGGACACAGUCAAUAAGUUACACAUUCUUGACUGUGUAACUUUUAGUUGAAUGAUGUAAAACCCAACAUUUCCCACAAUGCUGCUGUAGAGUUGGAAGCUGAAAUGAUGAAAAGUGUUUCAAACGACAAACACCACGACUAUACUAAUGCUGCUGGACAGCACCAAUCUCUAUUUCACAAGAGGAAAUUCUAGUUAUCUUACAUUUUACGAUAAAGUAUGAGAUGUAAAUAUACUUCUACGCAAAAUAAAACACACACAAGAUAAACACUGUUGAUAAUAAAGAGGUGUCUUUAUGUGGCACAAGGAAUUUAGUAAGGGCUUUGGAAGUCCCUCUCCUCCACUGUACUUACUUUCAUAAGUAAGUACAAUAAUAUAUACAUAAGUAUUUCAUAAUUAUGGAUUUACCAGCUCUUAUAAGUUGUAUCUUGUCAUUUUGGCUUAAUUGACUGAUAAUGAUGUCAUACUACCUCGUCAUUAUGCUUUAGUAUCUCAUAAUGCUACUAUCUAAUAAAUGUAUAGUGUUAUUAUAUUAAGAGAGGAGGCCUCAGUUAAAUUAUUGUCGUAAUUCUAAUGCAUUAUCUAAGCUUGUUUUAGUUCCAAUGCGAAUAAAGUUGAAUUAUUCCAGACAUCAUUUUUAAGGCUUUUAUUCUGAAAUGACUUUUACGGAUGUUGGUGUCAGCUGACCUGACUUCCUCUGUAGAUCUUUUUUGUUUGUUUUUUUUUGCACGCCUAUUAUCUUCUUUGGCAAAAAUAAUAAUAAAAAUGUCUGCGAAACCAACCUGCUUAAUAGUGACCAGCGCUUCUCCUCAAGGGGUCUCCGCCAAAUCCUUUCUGCACUGCUUCAGUCUUUGCAGCACAGCUUUCAAUCUGCAGACCGCCACACCAGGG